AUGGCACCGAGCCAGCACUCGAGUGAAGUUGAUUUGGUCUCGAUAGCAGAGCCUAAAAAGCCAAAUUCACGCAAAGAAAAAAAGAAAUCUCCUAAAAAUCAGCUCGUCCAGGAAUGCAAGUUUUGUGGCCGUCACCAUGAGCGUAAUAGAGCAAAAUGUCCUGUAUAUGGUCACAUCUGUUCUUCUUGCGGAAAACCUAAUCACUUCGUUGUAAAAUAUGGAAACAAAUCUAGUGAUUCCAAGAAGCCUUCUCAGAAAUCCAAGCAUAGAAAGGUCCAUCAGCUUGCCGACAGAGAUGAAGAGAGUUACUUGUCUGAAGAAGAAAUUUUGUCUGUGUCGUCUCAAAACGCUGUCAAUACUGUGGAAAUGUCAGGAUUCAAGAGUAAAAUAUUUGCAUACAUAGAAAUCGAAGAUGUGUUAGUGAAGAUGCAAGUUGAUUCAGGAGCCUGUUGUAAUGUGUUACCUCCUAAAUUUCUGCCGAAAGAUACUGUGGCUGACACAACCGAAGUAAAAUUAACCACCUACGCUAAAGCUAGUUUGAAGGUACUGGGUGUGGCAAAAAUCCAGUUGGGUAACCCGAAAACUCGGGAGAAAUACCGUGUUCAGUUUGUGGUCAUUGAUGAAGAUUACACUCCACUCCUUGGUUCUACAUCAGCACAGAAGAUGGGAUUCAUCACUGUUCAGCAUGAAAACAUCCUAAAUGUUAAUGAAACUGUGGUUAAAACUGACUGUUAA